AUGAAUGCAUCUGCCUCAACUGGGACAGAAAAAGCACGGGCGCAUCAUCAAUAUCACCAUCACCAUCACCCUCAUCGUAAACUCCCUGAGCCAAGCCAAGCCGAACAGCUUCGGAGGUUUACUGUCAAGAGGUCCGACGUGGUAUGUAGUAUUGGUAAAUGGCAGAAGCGUUGCAAUGAACUCCACCGAUCAGCCGGGACGCCCAAGUUGCCGCAAGCCCAAGUUGAGCGUAUUGACUGUACGGUAACCCAUGCUUGUGGGAGCAGACCAGAGCAGAACAGAACAGAACAGCGCAGCGAACGCCAUAGCGUUCUUGAAGCCCGAAGAUCCCAAGCUCGUGGCUCAAGACAGAAGCCACCCGUUGUCGAUGAUCGCCCUACCUUUGACCCUGGUCCUAACCGUUCCAUUCUCUCCGCUAGAGUGUCUAUGCGCAGACUGAAAAGGUCCACAGCACACGCGCUGGCAGCGAUGGCGACGGUGAGGCCUGGAAUCGUGGUAGCGUGGGUCAUUGGCGUUGAAACGAAACGACUCAGUUUGAUCAGCUAA